CUGAACAGUUGAUGUUGAGAUGUGUCUGUUACUUGAACUCUGUGAAGCAGUUAUUUGGGACGCCGAUCACAUCCCGCAGGAUGACAGUGUCUGCAGCGCCAACCUGCAAGGCAACAAGAUGGUCAUCGAGCCGGCUAAGGUCCUGUCCAUUUCACGCAGCUUCCUCAACAGCACGUGGGUCCCAGACGAGCACUACCUGGAGCUGACCCAGGACUAUCAGAGGUUCAGUUCUACGCGCAAGUUACUGGAGUACCCACUGAGUUGUGAGGAAGAAUACUUCCCCCUGGCCUUCUCGCUGGUUGUCCACCACAAGGUUGAGAACUUUGAGAGGCUGCUUAGAGGCAUCUACGCCCCCCAAAACUUUUACUGCGUCCAUGUGGAUAUAAAGGCCAAAGCGUCCUUCCUUGCUUCCAUCAUAGCCAUCACAUCCUGCUUUGAAAAUGUGUUCUUGGCCAGCCAUCCGGUCAGUGUGGUGUACGCGAGCUGGAGCCAUGUCCAGGCUGACAUCAACUGUAUAAGUGAUCUGUACAGGGCUAGUUCACACUGGAAGUAUUUCAUUAACCUCUGUGGCCAGGACUUCCCCAUCAAGACCAACCUGGAGAUGGUGCGCAGCCUGUGGGCGCUGGCAGGGGACAACAGCAUGGAGUCGGAGGCCAGGCCCAGAGGUAAGAAGUCGCGCUGGAAGAAAGUGCAUCAGGUUGUUGAUGGCAAACUUCAAAGAACAGAGCAGAACAAAGCUCCUCCGCCCUUUGGUAUACCCAUCUUGUCAGUUGGGGCAUACAUUGUGGUGAAUAGGGGCUUUGUGCGUGCUGCGCUGGAGGACAGCAAGGUGUUGGCUCUUAUUCGGUGGGAUAAUGAGACUUGGAGUCCUGAUGAGUUCCUGUGGGCCACCAUCCAGAGGCUUCCUGGCGUGCCCGGCUCCAUGCGCCCCAAGUUAGACAUGACGGACAUGCAUGCCCUUGCCAGGCUGGUGAAGUGGCCGUGGUAUAGGGGUAUCUAUGUUAAAGUGAUGUGUGUAUAUGGGGCCGGAGACCUGCAGUGGAUGCUGCAGCAGCACCACCUCUUUGCCAACAAGUUUGACACGGACCCCAUUGCUAUCAGACGUCUGGAGGAGCACCUUAAGCAUAAGGCCCUGGCAGAAAUAUACUAACGCAAAUGACUUUGUGUGCUCAAAGUUUCUAACCUGUAUUUGUGAUCUCUGGGAUCCAACUCAAAUGGAACUUUUAUGGCACCAUCUCUGUUUUAUCCAUCUAAAGAUCAUCCU